GUUAACUUCAGUCCAUUCUGAGAGUACACAACGCUUCAUGGUUGUCCGAGAGGAGACAUCAUACGAUCUCGAUAAAAAGAUUUGGGAUUCUGGAAUGGGACUUUGCUCUUGGAUUCACGACUUUGUGACUGGACAAUCCGGUUCACCGUCCCCGGAACUGGACUUUGUCUGGCAACUGUUUACCUCAGACUCGGAUCCUAUAAAUGUCAUUGAACUAGGCACUGGUACAGGACUCGUUUCCAUAUGGCUCGCCGUUUCAUUAGGUAACAAGGUGCAUUCUAGCCAAGGACGUCAAGUCAAGAUUGUUGCGACCGAUUUACCUUCAGCAAUCCCACUGAUUGAGCAUAAUAUCCAAAGUAAUGCUCACUUGUUUGCUCCCGGCACCACCGAUGAAAAUCCAGUCGAGAAAGACCUAUUUCCUACCGGUGUAGAUUUAAUAAUCAUGGCGGACGUGACGUACAAUAUAGACGUCUUUCCGGCACUGAUCCGUACUCUGGGCCGGAUACGUGCUGCGCCGCGUGUGACAUCCGCAGUGGGAAGGAAGGUCACUCAGCCGCCUCCCGUUCUUCUCGUAUACAAAGAACGUGACUCAGCAGAAAGGACGCUGUUUGAUCUCUGCAACGAAAUAAGUAUCAACUUCAAGAUCAUUUCCCAUAUCCCUGGAGCAGGCGGGAAUCCGAUUGAGGUCUAUGUUGCUUCAUAGCAUUCCUCACUGGUUGAUGGAAGUAGAAGCAUGUAGUAUUCGUAACCGAAAUAUUAUCUACUUGAUUA